AUAUCCCUGCGACUGUUUACGUUCCGUCAUGGCUCUGUUUCCAGCGUUUGCAGAAACUUCGAGUGAUAAAGUUGAAGAUUCGUCCAAAGAAUUAGGCUGGCUGAGCAAUACAAGUUUUCAGACCAGAGAUGCCUUCUCUCUUCACGGUCGGUUUUUAAAGAAGGAGACAAGUCUAAGCAGAGAGGUGAGUUCUGCUGAGGAGCAGAAAGAAAAAGAGGAUAAUGUGCCAUCCAAAAAGAAGAGGAAGAAGAGUGAAAAGAAGAAGAAAAAGAAGAAAAAACACAAAAAGAAGAGUGGGAGGUAUUCCGACAGCAGCGGCUCAGACUCUGAAACCACCUACCCCAGUGAUCUCAAAAGGGAGCAAGAGGCAGAUAGAUCACAGGUUGCUGCAUUAGCAAAUACUUUCUCCUGGUUAGAUGACCUCCAGUCGCCCGCAGAGCAGCCGUUCUGUAUGGACCGUAAGCCAGACCAAGCCAACUGGACGUAUAAGUCCCUGUACAGAGGAGAUGUAGCGAGGUAUAAGAGGAAAGGCAUCUCAUCAUUGGGUCUGGACCUUCGCAGACAGGGAGUCAGCUGGGAGGAGUCGGAGUCGAAUAAGAAACAGAAAGGCAGGGACAAGAGGAAAGCAGCAGACAGAUACUUCUCUGCAGUCAGUCGCCAGCUGCUGAGGUCCCAAUUAGCUCUUCCUACGUUACCAAAGAGUCCUGAUUGUCGUGAUGUCAUCAGUGCCAUCACUUUCCUCCCUCUGGGUGAUCACGAAGGAGAGAACAAUGGAGGACAGACGGUUGGCAGAGUGCAGACAUCAUCAGUUAAUCCUCUCGGUGUGUACGACUCCUCCACGGCCCUCUGGCUGCAGGGGAAGGGACAGCCGGAGCAGACAGAGCAGCAGAAACAGGACGUACAAACAGGGGAGAGCUCUGUGCUAAUGGCCCGGAGGACUGAGGAGUUCAACCGGAAGCUCAGAGAACAGCCAUCAGACACACAGCUAUGGAUAAAAUUCAUACAUUACCAGGAUGAGCUGAGUUCAGCAGAGUUUGGAGGCGAGGAGGAACAGCAGGGCAGCCAUUCGACUGAGCACCGCAAGUCUUCCUACCGAGCAGUCCUGGACAAAAAGCUGUGCAUCGCAGAGCGCGCUGUGGAAACCAACCCCACCUCCAUAGCUCUGCAGCUGGAGAGGCUCCGGCUCUGCCAGGAGCUCUGGGAGCCCUCGGUUCUGGCUAAAGAGUGGAAGAAACUGGUGUUCCUCCAUCCAAACAGUGCCCCCUUGUGGAGGGAGUAUCUGCUCUUCUCCCAGAGCUACUUUAGCAACUUCACUGUGCCAAAGGUCCACUCUGCCUACGGGAAGUGUCUGAGCACGCUCAGUGCCGUGCAGGAUGGCAGCAUGGUCUCUCACCCAGCCCUGCCAGGGAUUGAGGAGGAUAUGUUGGAUAUCUUCACCCAGCAGUGUCAUUUCCUGCGUCAGUCUGGUCACUCAGAGAAGGCGAUUUCUCUGUUUCAGGCCAUGAUCGACUUUACUUUUUACAAACCUGACAGCGUACGAGAACUCUCCACCAAACAGCAGGUGGAGUUCUUCGAGCCGUUCUGGGACAGCGGUGAGGCAAGAGUUGGGGAAUUGGGGGCCAGAGGCUGGAAAGCCUGGAUGCUCCAACAAGAGCGUGGGGGAUGGCUACAGCCCAGUGCAGAUGAGGAUGAGGAGGAGGAGGAAGAUGAGGAGGAGGUGAAGGAUCGGAGCCGGCCCAGAGGGACAGUGUGGCUCGAUGUGGAGUGUUCUCGUGAAGCAGCUCAGUGGUUGCCCUGGCGGCCGGACAAAGCCAAGGGCCAAUCAGAAGAGGACUGUGAGGACCCUGACAGACAGGUUUUAUUUGAUGACAUUGGUCCAUCCCUAAUUUGUCUGCCGUCACCAGAGCUGCAGAUACGUUUUCUUCUCCAUUUCCUGUCAUUCCUGGGGCUGCCUGUAGAUUCUGUUCUCUCUCCUGCCCCCUGUCAGCCUGGCCUGCUGCUGGAGAACCUCUCUUUGCUCACUCAGGGUAUUGAGCUCCAGCGUCCUAUGACCUCCUACAACCUACCUGAACUCGGGGUUAACUCUGUAGGUCACAUGACCACCCUUCAGGGAACAAAGAAAUGGGUGGGGCUUGGAAAGCAGGGCGAGAGGUUUGUCACCAACGUGUUCAAUAUGGUCCAACCCGUCCUUCCUCUUCAUCACCGAGCUGUUCUGUCACUCAGUUGGAUGCAGUACGAGAAACUCAAGGUUGUGCGCUGCUUAUGCAGUGGCAACAAAAAACGUCUCCGUCCUCAAGGCAAGAGCAGCAAGCGGGUUGCCAAGCGACUGCUUAAAGAACCCGACAACCGCUCCUCGUUGGUGCUGUGGCGGGAGUAUGCUCACCUGGAAUGGAUGCUGGGAAACCUGGAAGAAGCUCGCAAAGUCUUCUCCACGGCCACAGAGAUUGGGGGAAGCAAAGGGUUAAGUAGCCCAACCCUCUGUGAGCUGUGUCUGCUGUGGUCCCAGCUAGAGGUGGAGGACCAGGCAGGGGGGCAAGGAGGGGGACAAACUGAUGUAACUAUGUCCCCAGCUGUGCUGGUCCUAACCAGGCUAGCAGAAGGAACCUCCUCUUCCUUCUCUUCAUCCUCCCUCUCCCCAGUAGCUGUCCUGAAAGCCAGGAGGUCUUACGAGCAGGCUCUGACGGCCAGCUUGUCAGCCCUGGACCAAGUUCACAACAACCCUCAGACCAACGCAAAAGGUCAAGAGGACCUGCUUGGAGAGAAGCUGAGGCUGAGUGGUCUGGUAGGCUGCUACGCUCUGUUCCAGUACCUCACCGUGGGCAUCCAAGCUGCUAACACUGUCUACAGCCAGGCCCGAGAAAAGAUGGAGGCACUGCAUCGCACACUCGACGAGCAAUUAAAGAGUGAUGAUGAAACCACCCCUGCAGCUGAUUCCAGCCAUGUUCACAAGCUAGCUUCUGAGUGUCAGGUAUUGGCAGUACAGCAGGCAGCCUUGCUCAGAUACCACAACAGCACCAGUGUGUUUCCACUGGCAACACUGAGACAAAUGCUGACCUCUGCCCUCUCAACCUGGCCUGGCAGCGCCCCUCUCUGGUGCAUAUAUGCACAGGUGGAGAACCGUUACCAUAGCGCUGGCAGGGCACGCCGCUUUUUCCAAUCUGUAACCAGGGAAAGCAGCAGUGUGGUUCCACGCCUCUUUGCCAUUGUUACUGAACAACAAAGGAAGCAGCUGGUGGAUGCUGCUCAGAGGUCCUGUUGCAGUGACGCUACCUUACCUGCCUUCCUGCCAGAGAAUGGCCUCAGCAACCGUAUCCGUGGACUGUUUGAAAGCGCCAUAGCAACAGAAAUGGGUGCUCGCUGUCCUUUACUUUGGAGGAUGUAUAUGUACUUCCUGGUGUCAGAAGGGAAGGUGGAUAAAGCCACUGGGAUCUUCUAUAAAGCCUUACAGAAUAUUCCCUGGGCCAAGGGUUUGUACAUGGAUGCGGUACAGCUGUUCCCCAAGCAACUGCAGGAGUUUGUAGAUCUGAUGACAGAGAAAGAGCUUCGACUCAGACUGCCUUUGGAAGAACUGGAUAUACUACUGGAAGACUAAACACACACACACACACACACACACACACACACACACACACACACACACACACACACACACACACACACACACACACACACACACACACACACACACACACACACACACACACUGGUCAAGUACUCACUUUGAGUUUGCUUUUCUGGUAACAUGCCAACCCACAUACUGGCACACUUGUUAAGAAUAGCAGACAUACGCAAAGUCAGAUGCUCUCUCACACACACACACACACACACACACACACACACACACACACACACACACACACACACACACACACACACACACACACACGGUUCCUGUAUUGAGCAGUGAAGUUUCAACAAUUUUAUCCAAAGAUGGACAAAGAGCCAUCCUGUGUACAUAAUAUCUGAAGAUGCUUUAUUUUCACAGCAAAUAAAACAAUGUCAAUAAAUAUGAUUCUCAUCCA